AUGGUCUGUUUAGAGCAAUGGAGACGUCCUGACCAUCAAAGCAAAUGUCAUGCAAAGUUUUGCUCUGCUAAUGGCUGCACUGAUUGCCUGAACAGUACAUUUUUUGUUGAUAGCAGCGUGUCCGUAUGUUGUGAGUGCCCUUCAAAUUGUGAAACAUGUCAUCAGGAAUCCGGAAUCUGUAACGCAUGUUCAGAGACCACUGCCCACGGACUUUACUGCAACAAAUCGUGUUCCUCUUCAUGUUUUGAAAGCAAGUGCUAUCAAACUAAUGGUUAUUGUUUGAAUGGUUGCUCAGGAUCUUUGUACGGAGAUCUGUGUGAAAACGACUGCCCUGAGCACUGUCAGCAAAGUGGGACAAGAACGAGUUGUAACAGCGUUGGUGAGUGUAUUUUUGGCUGCAUUGAUGGUUACAAAGGCGGCGACUGCACAGUUAAAAAGGAACCAGCAGUAGAAGCUAUUGCAGGAGGAACAGUCGGUCUUUUCGUUAUUAUUGGCGUUAUUGCGAUUUUUCUUUUUCGUCGAAGAAUAAUUCGUCUGCAUACCUUAGAAAGAUUGAAACGAAAUUCUACAACAGCUUUCCAAGCCGAACACGUCGACGAUAAAAACGAAGCGAAUGAACCCAUUGGACGGAACACUCGAAAUACAACCGAAUCUAAGCAACAAAGUCACCGACAGCCAGCGAGCAGAUCUUCUUCGCUAAAGCAACCAGCAUCGGCCUUCGAAAUAGAUGUAGAAAUCGAUAACGAUGACAUUCGAGGAAUACAGAGCACUACUGAUGUUUAUUACAACAACUCGGUCGCUCUACAGGAGUCUAAAGUCUCUGUUGACGGCCUUGUUGAAUACGUUGAUUCGUUAUCACAAGAUGAAAUAAGAGCUGCAUUUGAUAAAUUUCCACAAGGGCUUAUUAAGCCGUACGUCCACUCACAAAGAAAUGAGAAUUUGCCAAGGAACAGAUACAAGAGAAUUUAUCCAUAUGAUGACUGCAGAUUGAAGAUUCAGGAUGGUGAUACGGACUUCAUUAAUGCAAGUUUUAUUGAUGGCUAUAAAAAGAGGAAAGAAUAUAUCGCCACAUUAGGACCAAUGUCGCAGCAACUGGGAGAUGAUUUCGAACCCUUUUGGCGAAUGGUUUGGCAACAGAAUGUUGAGAAAAUUGUUAUGGUCACGAAUCUAAUAGAAAAUGGGUCAUCUAAAUGUGAACAGUAUUGGCCAAACGUUGGUUCUAGCAAGAUGUAUGGCGAGUUCAGAAUCACAUGUCACUCGGAGGAUAUGUAUGCUGAAUUUACCAGAAGGUCCCUUACAUUAAUACGGUCAUCCGAAGAAAGGUCCAUCUACCAACUGCACUUCACAUGUUGGCCAGACAAAGGCAUUCCUGAUGAUGUCACAGCAAUCAUUGAGUUCAGACAAAGAGUACUGAAUACCCCUACAACGUAUAAAGGACCUACUGUGGUCCACUGCAGUGCUGGUGUCGGACGAACUGGUACGUACAUUGCUCUGGACAUUCUGACGAAGGAGGGUGAAACUGAAGGGGCGGUUGAUAUCCCUGGAUGUGUGGUCAACAUGCGACAGAACAGGCCGAAUAUGAUACAGACUUGGGAGCAAUAUCAGUAUCUCCACAAGGCUGUUGUGUAUUCCCUGACUUGCAACUGCACACCGAUCAAGGCAGAACAAUUUCAACAGUACAUGAAGACAACAAGAAGAGGUGACUUAAACAGACAAUUUCAGCAACUUCAACACACCGUUGAACAGCGAUCGAAACAGGAAGCAAACGCAGUCGAAAGAAACAAACAGCACUUGGCUAAAAAUCGAGCCAAUGCAGACGUACCGGGUGAUGAUAACCGACCGCGAAUCUACCUUGGGUUGACAAGUGGAUCCUCUGAUUAUAUCAAUGCUGUGUAUAUACAUAGUUUCAAAGAAAAACGUCGAUUUCUGGUUGCACAGACCCCUUUGCCAGAGACCGUUAAUGAUUUUCUGAUAUUGGUUGUCCAAGAAAAUUGUUCAUGUAUUGUCAGCUUUGAACCAGACAUGGACAAACAAAAGAAUGUUGGAAUAUACUACCCGGCGGAAAAUAUGCAGGCGUUGCAAAAGGGAUCAUUUGAAGUCAGCUCUUCACGUGAAUCAAGGGAACGCCACUAUGCAAUGAAAAACCUUAAGAUACGUCAUAAGAAAGCAGCAGGGCGCCUUUCUGAGAAGACUCUGUCCCAUAUGCAGUUCACCGAGUGGGAUGAAAUGAAAAAUGUCCCACUUUCUGUUGAAAACUUUCUCACCUUCCUGAAUGACGUGGAGGAAAUAGCCAACAAACAGAAAGAUGGACCCAUACUUCUUCAUUGUUUUGAUGGAGCAGGGCAGAACGGGUCUGUUCUGUGUGGUUUCAAUGCUGCUGCAGAAAAUGGCCAUAGAACACGAAGUUAGUGUCCUCAACGCUGUUAGAAAAGUCAAGGCCAUGCGACGACUGGCGAUUCCGAAUUUGGAUCAAUUCGUCUUCUGUCAUGAGAGCGUACUAGACUAUUUGCGAGCCUUUGAUAAGGAUGUGUACGCUAACUUCGCUGGUUCCACCAAAUAGAGACAAUGUCUAAUGGAAUUAAGUACAUGGAUAAUAAGAACAGUUAUAUUUUUAUAUCUAGUUUCAUUCCAAAAAAAUAAGCUGUUUUAUUUAAAAAAUAUAUUGGUUUUGUGUUUCUAACUUAAUACCUCACAAUUACUAUUUUUUUAACCAAAAGGCAAUGUUUGUUUAUACAAUGCCGAUGUGUUUAUCUUAGUUAUUAUAUUGUGAGUAGUUGAUCAAUUAGAUAUUUAAUUUUUGGAUGUUAUUCUUUUAAACCUAUGGCAUUAAUUUCCAACUAAGCCAUUUUUUUCAUUGUUGUCUGUUAAAUACGGAAUUGCUAAUACCUAUACAGAUUUGAUAAUAAGUAUACAAAGCUCUCACACCCCUUAAAAUGUAAUCCACAUUUUAUAAAUUCAGUGAUGUGAUGAUUCGCCUGUAUUUGACGUCCUUGUUGUGUAACGUAAGAUUUAUUUUCCUGUGCGUUUGUAUAAGCAAUAUACAACUGCUUUAAUGUACUGUUGGGUCAUAAGGGUGAUAGCGUUUUCCUUAGAGUAUAUACGUGGGAGUUUAAAUGAAGUCUGAAUGUGAAUAAAACAGUUGUGUUAAUAAUUUCCUCUUUGUAAUUGUAUUGAUUUAUAGUUGACCUAUGGAUCUCUACUAUGUCACAUCAUAGAUAAGACAUAUCGCCUACUAACGGCAACCGAAGAGGAUGCAAGAAACGAAACCACUGCUGGAAACACUCCGGAGUUUCGGAAAACUUGUUCUGUGACAUAUUGGCUUAUAAACCCUGUCGGUCAUCCGAAUGGUCUAAAACUAGUUGGCCGUUCGUGAGUGUGUCGUAAAUUUGCUUGUUGGUUCAUAAUUGACUACAAAAUACAAUUCACUAGACGGUUUUACUGCCAACCUCGUGUAUCAAGUGUUGUGAACGAAAACAGAAGAGGACUUGGCUUUAUAUAAAUUAACGUCUUCCUACAUAAUCAUGCAUUUACAGUUUGGAAAAUAGUGUAUUAAUAUUUAAAAUAUGUGCAAAAUAUUAUUUUUAAUUCAGAUUAUUCACCACACGCUGAUGUAUGUAAUUUAGAUAUAUUCAGGUAUUUGAGAGUACAAUGUAAUCAUUCACAAUGUAGUACGAUGGUUUCUGCUAAACAGACAGAUGAACGGACGAGAUCACAUGAUAUGCAAGGUAGUCCUGGUGAUGGACCAUAGCUCUUAUCUCGAAUAUACUUUUAUGUUUUAAAGUGCACGGGUGCAAAUUUCCUUUGUUAAACCAAUACGGAGUACGCCAAGUUUCUCAUUACUGUCCUUAAGGCCACUACUUCUAUUUGUAUUAUCGUAUUUGGUACAUGUAAUAUAGCAU